GGCUUCUUGGAUCACAUACUACUUUCAUUCCAUUUGUUGAUUCAUUUCUAUUUCUUUGACUUGAGUGCAACUAUCGGAAGGAAGGAAGAUUAGGGGAAAAGGGAAAGAAAGGAAAAAAAAAUACAAAGCGGUAGUGCAUGCCUGUAACCAAAAAAUAAAUAAAUUGUUACAACAAAAGGGCUAUCUAGUGAUCUAAAAAAACCUUUACUCACCAUGCCUCCGCGAUACCAGCCUCCUCACCAUCGCGUGAAUUAUAACAACAGCAACGUCAACAACCCCAACAACCCACUCUAUUUACAACCACUUCCUAGCAGCGACAUCUCAUCUGCCUCUGCGCCCUACCCUCCUCCCCAGCGCAAUCACCCAUCAUCUUUGGAUCAGUCCGGUGCCUCUUCAGACAACUGGAGCUCCGGCCGUGGCUACAACAGCCAUGGUAGUGGAAAUCGUAGCUUCAAUAACAACUAUCGCUCUAGUGGACGUGGCGCUCGAGGCGGUGGUCGAGGCGGAAGCGUUUCUGGUGGCCAUGGUGGAGCCAGUAGAUUCAAUGUAUCAUCUCCUAUCAAACAAGACCGGGUCUAUCUUUACGAUCAACGCCACCUGGACACGACUUAUAAUACAGAUCACUCGAAUAGCACCGCAGAAAAAGGUGAACGCUGGUGGGAGAAUCCCAAAAAUUUCCUCCAGUUUGUUUGUAGAGCAAUCGAUCCUCCACCACAGUUUGAGAUCGUGUCGACUCCAGGAUUGCCCUUGAACUGGGUCAGAAUGGAGUUUAAAGUCCAAACUCCCGAUCCUGAUCUUCUAAUUGUUGGGAGGGGUGAUGGCAAGAAUAAAAAGGAUGCAGAAAAAAUAUGCGCGCUUGAUAUCUGCUACCAACUGGAAAAGCACUCGUUGAUCGAAUAUUAUCGUCAAUAUGGUCGCACUAAAAAGACCUUGACAAAGUCUCCGAAGGAUUGGGUUGUAAACUUUUACACCAACAAAAAGGUUGGACUGCCAAAGUAUGUCAACAAAGUCGAUCCAGAGACAAAAGCUGUCAUUUCUACUCUCCAGCAUGAAAAUAUUGUUGGCACUGGUAAAGGAUCCACAGAAGAAGAAGCUGAACUCGCCGCUGCAACUCAAUUUCAACAAAUGGCAAUUGCGCGUGGCGUCACUGCUGUUCUUCCGCAACCGGGAUCAAUCGAGGAGUCCGGGUUUACAGUUGAGGUAGCCAAGAAGUUUGUUGAUUAUUAUAUCAGGACACUCUCACUAGGUCCUCCCUAUAUCGAUUAUCAGAGCUCAGGGAAGACACAUCAGGCUUUAUGGCAAGCGGAGCUUUUUGUUCAAGAUCGGGUCAUAGGUGUUGGCAAAAGGCGCAGCAAGAAGGAGGCUGAGCAUCGUGCCUAUGUUGAUGCUGCUGUCAACAUGAAAAAGGAAUCAAUGGCACUCUGGCAGCAGUUUGAAGCAACCAAAGAUAGUAAAGGCAAACAUGCAGAAAUCGUUCGAGCUGCACCAAACAUUCACAUUGGCAUGGAUGAAAAUGUGCGUCAAGACAUCGAAUACAUGUUGACCGACCUGAGUCGUCAACCCUUUUUCACAGUUCGACGUCCACAGCUUGGUUCCAAUAUAUCGGAUGACCUCACUGCUGAAAAAUCAAAGAGGGACCAAUCAGCUGCAGUUAAUAACGGCAAAAGACAAAAUCGACACUUAGUCGGGAAAUUGGAUGUGCAACAGAUGGCUGGAAAGUCUGCUCGGCUCUUCGACCAACUUCAAAACUACCUAAAGAAUCCAGCAUUGACCAAGCUCCGAGAUAGUCGAGCAGCUUUACCCAUUGCUCAAUAUACAGAGGAAAUUAUCGCGAAAAUCCGUGAAAAUGAUGUUAUUGUCCUUGUGGGACAAACAGGGUGUGGCAAGACAACACAGCUACCACAAAUCAUUCUCGAUGAAUACAUCAAAAACCGUGAGGGGGGUGUCUGUAACAUUAUUUGCACACAACCACGUAGGAUCGCUGCCAUCUCUGUUGCCCAACGUGUUGCAGUGGAGCGUGGCGAGCGUAUAGGUCAGUCCGUGGGUUAUCAGGUACGGUUCGACAAUCAACCUCCAGCCCCAGGUGGCUCCAUUUUAUAUUGCACAACGGGUAUCUUUUUGCGGAUGAUGCACAACGAAAAUGGCGGCCCUGUCUCAGCAGCAAACGCAGGAGGGUCCGCCACAGGAAUGGCGCCGCAUGAUCCUUUGAGGGACGUUAGUCAUAUUGUAGUUGACGAAGUACACGAGCGCGAUAUUGACACGGACUUUUUGUUAGUGCUGUUGAGACAAAUGCAACGGGAACGUCGGGCAAAGGGUCUCCCUGUAAUCAAGCUUAUUCUUAUGAGCGCUACGAUCGACACUGGCCUGUUUGCGUCCUACUUUGGAGAGGGUUUCAAGGGAGGUCAAUGCCCCACAAUCUCUGUGCCGGGCAGGACCUUCCCUGUGAAGCAAUACUUUUUAAAUGAUCUCUUGGAUGCCAUGCAUAAGCAGUAUCCUCCAUCGGCCAUAGCAUCAUUAUCGAGGCAUGAUCAAACUAACAAAUAUAUACAGCGGGAAAUGAGUAUCAUGCCAGUGGGUCCACUUCAACCACACCAGACAAAUAAGCCUAUGACUAAUGCAUCACAACAGUAUGACAGUGAUGACGAAGUAGACGAUGUGGACGAUGGUGAGCUCGAUUAUGCAGAGAGUAUCUUGGAGCAAGCCAGGAGAGUAUCAAGGAUGCCACGUGAUGAGAUUUUAGAUGCAGAGAUUCCAGCGCACUUAAUUGCUAUGACCAUCUCCCAUAUUGUCAAAACUAGUCCACCGACUGGGGCUAUUCUCUGCUUCCUUUCAGGAUGGGAAGAUAUGCAGGAAGUCUACAGACAGCUACAGAACACGUUUCCUUUGGGAGUUGAUUAUAAUGAUACCAAUAAGUUCAGGAUCCACAUGCUCCAUUCGACCUUGCCUUCGAUCUCUCAGCAGGAAGUCUUUGAGCCUCUUCCGGACUCUGGUAUGAGGAAGAUUAUUCUUGCCACCAAUAUUGCCGAGACCAGUAUCACUAUCCAAGAUGUGGUGCAUGUUGUAGAUAGCGCCAAAGUCAAGGAAACAAAUUAUGAUCCAAUCAAGAGAAUGACAACUUUGCUUCCAACUUGGAUCAGUGCCUCGAGUAUGAAGCAGCGGGCUGGACGCGCAGGCCGUGUUCAGGAGGGACAAUACUAUUGUAUGAUGUCUCAUCAGCGACGCGAGCUUCUGGAUGCUUUCUCAGUCCCUGAAAUGCUUCGUUCAGAUCUGCAAGAAAUUUGUUUACAUAUCAAAUCUGUGGACAGCUCAACUAAAAUUGUCAGUGUGCUAGCGGAAGCGAUCCAACCUCCAGAUCAACUCAGUGUGUCGGAUGCACUGACACAGCUAACGUCACUAGGGGCAUUGGAUCGCAACGAGAACUUGACACCAUUAGGAAGAGUUUUGGCAACGUUGCCAGUAGAACCAAGCUUUGGACGAUGCCUGAUUCUAAGCUGUGUCUUCCGAUGUUUGGACCCUGUGUUGACGUUGUGCGCCUCUCUUGGCAACAAGGAUGUCUUUGUGUCACCUUUAACGAAGAAAGAUCAGGCGGAUCGUGCCAAGAUGAAAUGGGCCAAGGAUCUGAAUAGCGACCAUUUGGCAAUGAUGAACGCAUAUAAUGCAUGGAAUGAGGUGCUUUCUCAGGCUGCCACUAUGAUGGAGAGGACAGGCGAACGUGGAGACCCUACGCGAGCGUCGUUCAACUUUACGGAUCAAAACUUUUUGAGCCGACAAGCACUCGAGAAUGUGAGGCGGGCUAAGACUCAGCUUUUGGGAUUACUAGAAAAGGCCGGUGUAGUCCCCAUGAUGACUUACCAGAUGCGCCAGCAACAGGCAUCAUCAUUUGAGAUGGGUCCUGCAGAAUAUAACAAGAAUUCAAAUUGUACUCCACUGUUGCGAGCCAUGAUUUGCGCAGGAGUGUUUCCCAAUAUCUCAUACAAGACUAGCAAGAAAAUCCAUCGGACACGCCACGAUAAUACUUGCAUUGUCCAUCCAGGAUCAGUUAAUUCGAUGAGGGGUGAGAAGAUGUUAUACCCAGAGCAAAUUCCUGAGCCAGGCUCUCUGUAUGCAUUCUCAACCAAGGUUAGGACAGGAGAGACCCAAAUUUUUUUGAGAAAUACAACUCGAUUGGACCCAAUUUCGAUCUUACUGUUUGCAGGCGAGAAUGAUGUAGAAGCUGUUACUCACAAUCAGCUGAUGGUGGAUGGAUGGUGGAGGUUUAGUGGAUCGGAGCGAACCAUCCGGACAUUGCGCUCAUUGCGCGAACUGAUGAAUGAUGGGUUUGAAAAAAUGUUUUUGAUUUUGGACCAUAAGAGUCGGAAUAGUCACUUGCAGCAGGGACGAAACCAUUACAAUAGACAGCAGCAGCUUAAAAAUAACGGCGGCACUGGAGAUGAUGACUAUUACAAUGAUAGCCAUCGUUCGACACCUUCACCCCAACUCGGAUAUUAUGGUGUGGGUCUCGAUCUUGGCCCAGGCGGGGGAAUGGAUGAUGGCAUGGAUAUGGACGCGCUUUUGAGUCAAGCAAUCGAGUCAGGCAAGGACUGGCUGGACCAGCCUGCAAUGGUUCGUCUAGUUGAAGGAGUGGUCGAGCUUCUCCAGAAUUCGGAUGAGGAGAUGAUGGCUGGUAAUCACAACAGUUAUCAAGGUUAUUAUGGAGGCAGUGGAAAUCAGGCCUAUAAUCCAUCUUACUACAACGGCAGCGGUAGUGGCUACAAUAGUGGCUAUGGUAGUGGAAACAAUAGUGGGCGGAACUCAGCAAUGGAUCAUCAUCCAAGCCAUCCUCCACAGCACAUGCCAUUUCCUACUAAUUCUAGGGCAUACGGGAGUGGAGGACCCUAUUAUCCACCUGGCAGUAAUAGUAAUAGCCGACCCGGAAGCCGAGCAGGAUAUUCUUCAGGAUCAUAUGGGUACAAUAGCAAUUAUGGUCCGCAUCAUGGUCAUGGUGGCCAUCCUAUGCAUCCAGGCCAUCCUAUGCACCCACCGCCUUUUAUUCAACAGAGUCAGGACCCACGCGAAAUGUGGACUACUAAUGCUGGGCAGGGUACCGGUGGUAGUCAGCAGAGUUGGUUCUAGAUUAAUUUUUCAUUAAAUUUUUUUUU